GAGAGAAAUUGAUGGAGGGGAGGCCGUUGGCCCCUCACCUUCCUGUGCUGGGCCUGUCUGCUCCAGUCCUGCUGUGUGGCUCAGCCUGCUGCCCAGGCAUUGUGUUACCGAUCCUGAGGAGAGCAUCAGGUUGGAGAAGGGUGUACAGCCGUGAACUGUGGAGGAAGCCACAAGCCAGAACCUCUCAGGUAGCUUGUGGCGGGCUCUGGACAGGAGACUCCAGGACCCCAUGCAGCUGCCUCCGUCCUCUGUGCUGGACCCAUUGCCCCUCCAAGCGCCGCCUCCAGAGCCCUGGCGCAUCUGUGAGAGCAGCGACAAUGGACCAGUCUCUGGGCACUGUGUUACUGAUCCUGAGGAGAGCAUCAGGUCGGAGCAGGGAUUACAGCCGUGGACUGUGGGCGAUCCCCCAAACCAGGACCUGUCAGGCUGCCGGCCCUGAGAUGAGAAAUGUUCCCUCAGAAGGGAUGGUGUCAUUUGAAGAUGUGGCUGUGAACUUCACGUGGCAGGAGUGGCGGUACCUGAGUGAAGCUCAGAGGACCCUGUACCGGGAUGUGAUGCUGGAGACCUGCAAUCACCUGGUGUCCCUAGGGCACUGUGUUACCGAUCCUGAGGAGAGCAUCAGGUCGGAGCAGGGAUUACAGCCGGGGACUGUGGACGAUCCCCCAAACCAGGACCUCUCAGAGAGCUGGGGUGGAGGACGUGGACGCCGCUCGGGGUGCCGUCUAGCCGUGACUCUGCGCACCAGCAAUGUGUGAGAGAACUGGUUUCACUGUAGCCUCACCAUCAUUGAAUGUUAUCAUGUUUUAACCAUUCUGGUAGGUAAGUAGUAGCUCUCAUUUUGGUUUUAAUUUGAAUUUAUGUAAUGGUUAAUGGUAUUGACUCUUAUCAUGUAUCUGUAUGAUAUCUGUAUAGCGUCUUCAGUUAAUUGUGCAUUUCGUUGCCCGUUCUCUUCUGAAUUAUUUGUCUUUUCUGUCAAGUUUUGAGGGAUUUUUAAAAAAAGAUUUAUUUAUUUAUGCAUACAAGAACUGAGGUGUAAGCCAGAGGUGUGGGAGGUAGGAGGAUUCAUCAGAGAGAGAGUGGGGAGCAGAACAAAUCUAUGUACUGAAACACAUUGCUGAGAGGAGCAGCAGGCGAGACAGGAGGGGUCUGCUUUGCCAUGUGGGUAGCUCCCUGGCCAGGGAUCAAAUUCAGUAAUAAUCCCUGCACCACCAGGGAGGCCCAGUUUUGAGAGAUUUUUUUGCAUUCUAGAUACAAGUCCUUUAUUAUGUAUGUAAAUAUUUUCUUUUAGUCUGUAAUGUGUGUUUUCAUCCUCUCAACAGAGUCAUCCACAGAGCAAAAGUAUUUAAUAUUCUGGAGUCCAAUUUAUCAAUAUUCAAUUUUAUAUAUAGUGCACUUGAUUUCCAGUUUAAUAUAUUCUACGAUGUUUAAAAGUUUCAUACUUUUAUAUUUUACUUUUAAGAAAGAUGAUUCAACUUGAGUUAAUUUUCAUAUACGAUGUGAGGUUUAGGACAAGAUUAAGGAGUUUUUUGCCUAUGCAUAUUCAAUUGCUCCAGCAUCAUUUAUUCAAAAGACUAUUCUUCCUCAAUUGCAGAGAUUUUGCUCCUUGUUAAAAACUAAUGGUGCAUAUUUGUAUAGGUAUAUGUAUGUUAAGCCUACCUAUCGAUUUAAAGAGAUGUAUAACUUCCCAAACAUAGGAGUUGGCAUUACUAUGGUUAAGUCUUCCACUCUUGGAACACCAUAAUCCAUGAAGCACUAGGUCUUAUUUGGUUUUUCUCAGUAGUAUUUUGUAAAUUAUAUUGAACAGACCCUUUGCAUAUUUUAUUGUAUUUAUGCCUCAGUAUUUAAUUGUUAAAAUAAGGAUUGCAUUUUAUAUGGGUUUCCACUUGUUCAUUAUUGUCUUAUUU